AAGGCUUUGGAUUGUUCCUACUGAUCUGUGAAAUUACCUUCAUCUUCUUCAUGUUUUAUUACACCUACAAAGAGCUGAAGGAAAUGUGCAGGGACAAGAUGAAGUAUUGGAGUGACACCUGGAACUACCUGGAAAUCCUCAUCAUAGGGUUUGGCUAUCCUACCAUAGUGUUCUACAUUUACCUGAAAAUAGCAGGGAGCAGCAUAUCUUCAAAAUUCGCAGAGAAGCAAGGCAGGGAUUAUGUCAAUUUGCAAUCAGUGGCAUACAUUGAAGAGGUUUUCACCUACCUGGUGGGUUUCCUGGUGUUCUGUGCAACCUUCAAGUUUAUAAAGCUGCUGAGAUUCAACAAAAGGAUGGGAUUAAUGGCUGCCACCUUGAAACAGUGUGCAAAGGAUCUGAGGAGUUUCUUUGUCCUCUUGGGCAUUGUUUUCUUGGCAUUUGGACUUUUCUUCUAUGUCCACUUGUCCAGGGUUGUCUUGAAAUACUCAUCCUUUGAAAAGGCAAUGAUGUCAACUUUGGUUGCUUCUUUUGGCAAAUUUGACAUCCAGGAAAUGGCACUUGGUCAUGCAGUUUUAGGCCCAAUCAUGUUCUUUGUGUUUGCACUUACUGUCAUCAUAGUACUCACAAACUUGCUGCUGACCAUCAUCAUCAUGUCAUUUGCAGAGGUCAAAAAAGACUUGGAGAACAGAGUGAACGAAUAUGAAAUGGUGGACUUCAUCUUCAAUCGGAUUAAAAUGUUUGUUGGCAUGAAGACCGGAAAAGUGGCCAUUGUGAACACCGAGGAAGAAGCAAAACUGGAUACUGAAGAGAACAAGCGAGGGAAUGGAAUGUCCGAGAGAGAACUCAAGAAAAUGGCAAGGAAAUUGACCAUCCAGGACUUGGACUUUUAAAUUUAGACCCGGAACGAUGAAAUGGUUCAAAUAAAGAUUCAAACAACAA